CGACUUCUCUUCAUAUGCAACUUUAGAAAGAUUGAUUCUUUAAGACUGUUGCAAUUUGGUUGAUAUUGACCCAUCAAUUGGGCAUCUCAAGAGUCUAGUUUUCUUAAAUUUGAAGAAUUGUCAUAAACUCAACAGGCUGGCUCUCGAAUUUGAUAAAGUGGGAGCUUUAACGGAGUUCCUAAUCGAUGGUACUUCUAUGAAAGAAGUCCCUAUUGGUAGAGGUGUUAUGAAGAAGCUUGAAACUCUCAGAGCCACUUAUUGUCAGUCAUUGACUCAAAUUUCGACCUCAGUCGGUCACCUAACAUCUUUGUUGGACCUUAAAUUGGGUGGUCUACCCCGUAAUAUUGAUGGUUUAUUUGGUAUAGACUCGUUCGGUUCGCUAGUGAAAUUGCGACGCUUGUCACUAAAGGGCUGCAAAUUAAAAGAGCUUCCAGACUCUAUUGGGAAAUUAGAAUCAUUAAUUGAGCUGGACUUGUCAUUGACACGCAUUACAGAAUUGCCAGAAACUAUUGGCAACCUAAAUCGUUUGAGAAUUCUUAAGAUGGAAUCUGGUUUGAUAGUGAAGUUACCUAGUACCAUCGGAACGUUACUGAAACUUGAAGAGUUACACGCCUCGUGUUGCAGGUUGAGAGGCGAAAUUCCCAAUAAUUUUGGGGGACUAUCCUCUCUGAGAAUCUUAAGAUUAGAUUCAACAGAUAUCUGUGGUCUACCAACAAGCAUUUGUGGGCUUUCUCACCUCCAAACCCUUCAUUUAAGGCGUUGCAGAAACCUCGAGUUUGUCCCAGACCACCUUCCCUCUAGUCUAGUAAGUCUAGCAGUCACUUGCAGGUCAAUGGCGACAUUUCUAAACCUUCCUAGCCUGGUGAACCUAAAGGAGUUGGAAAUUAUUGACUGUUAUAAGCUGUUGAAAAUUCCUGAAGGUAUUAAUGAGUCCCUUUCUCGGCUUACGUCUCUCAAAGUAAAUUGUUGUGUACAACUCCAAUGCCUUCCAGCUCUUCCCUCAAUUCUUACAUCUCUCAAUGUAUGUGAGUGUGAACAACUUCAAUGCCUUCCAGCUCUUCCCUCAAGUCUUGCGUCUCUCAUUGUAGAAAAUUGUGAACAAAUUCAAUACCUUCCAGCUCUUCCCUCAAGUCUUACGUCUCUCUAUGUACAUAAUUGUAAACAACUUCAAUGCCUUCCAGCUCUUCCUUGCCUUGGAAGAUUACAACUCCUAACAGAAUUACAUUUAGAUGGGUGUGAAUCACUAGAAACAAAACCCGAUCUUUCCAACUUUAAGAAGGUAAGGAAAUUAAGUAUUACAGGUUGCAAGAAUCCGAAUGAAAUUACGGGCCUUGAUAGAUUGGAAUCCUUGAAAGUUUUGAAUAUGAGUAGUUGCACAUCCUUGGAAAGAUUGCCUGAUCUAUCCAAAUUGGAAAAGCUGGAAGGAUUAAAUCUGCGUUGCUGCGAGAAGAUACAUAAGAUUGAGGGUCUUGAGGCUUUGACAUCCUUGAAGAACCUGAAUUUGUCAUGGUGCAUAGCCUUGGAGAAGGCACCUGAUCUGUCAAGACUAACAAAUUUAGAGGAAUUGCAACUUUGCAAUUGUGAGAAACUUAGUGAGAUUUGUGGACUUGGGGAACUCGAACUCCUAACAAAGUUGAACUUGUCAUCCUGCACGGCCUUGGAGAGGGUACCUGAUUUGUCCAAACUAACAAUGUUAAGGACAUUUUGUCUUCGUAACUGUAAGAAACUUUCUGAGAUUGAGGGUCUUGAGGCUUUGAAAUCCUUGAAGAAGCUGGAUUUGUCAUCGUGCAUAGCCUUGGAGAAGGCACCUGAUCUGUCAAGACUAACAAAUUUAGAGGAACUGCAACUUCACAAUUGUGGGAAACUUAGUGAGAUUGGUGGACUUAGGGAACUCGAACUCCUAACAGAGUUGGACUUGUCAUUAUGCACGGCCUCGGAGAGGAUACUUGCUUUGUUCAAACUAACAAUGUUAAGGACAUUACGUCUUCGUAACUUGAAAAACUUUCCGAGAUUUGGGGACUUUAGGAACUGAAACUCCUAAAAUUGUUGAACACGAAUGGAUGCAAGUCACUAGGAAAAUUACCAGACCUAAGUCACAUAAGGCGGGCUAGAAUUUGAGCGGAGCAUAAGAGCAAUACUUAUUGAGAAGGAGGUCACUAGGAAAAUUGCAGGAUGUCACGGUAAUUAUCUAUUUUUUGCUAAUCUAUUUUGUCUUCGUAUGAUGGUUUUUUCCCCCUUAAUUGAUUGGAACUGUGAUUGUUUCUCUGUUCUUUCUUUGUGUGUUUUCUUCAGUUAGGGCGUAGUCACUCUCUCUCUCUCUCUCUCCUCCCCAUCAUUUCACCGUUCUCAAGAACUCUUCCACUUCGAGGUGAUUUCGAGACAAUGGUAUUUAAUUUAGACUUAUCAACUACUAAUGUGCAGAACAUUUGAUAUCUAUAGUGUUAGAAUAUUAUAUAUUCUAUUCAAUUUUAGAUAUAUGUUAAUAAUAGUUAUAUAUACCAAACAAGUCCUCAAUUGUGGUUUGAGAGCUGGGAAGGACCAAUGCUUCAAUUUCUCCUUCUAUAGAAAAAACACUCUGUGGUAAGGUUUAAUGUCUUCAUAAAUACUAGGAGAUUCAUUGUACAACUUAAUUAAAUCACAUUGUUUGAACCAUAUUUUGAAAUUUGAUGGCUAAAAAAAAAAAAAAAAAAAAAACUCAAAAGAAAAGCUCAUAUUUGAUGAGAUGGUUAAUCUUUUAUUGGCUUGUCAAGUAAAUUUUUUUUUCAUAUGAGCUGCAUUUAUUUUGCUAGAGCACAAGCGCCCUUUUUUGCUGCUAACUGGAGCUCAAAUAUUGCUUCUAUAUUAAGCCUUUUGGGACUGAUUUGGUUUCUAAUAUAAUUCAGGUACUUGAUAAUCUCUCUCUCUCUCUCUCUCUCUCUCUCAACAUGUGA